AUGAGUUUAAUAAAAAAUAAAAAUUGUUUUAUACCAAAAAAAAUAUUUUCAGAAAAAGAUGAUUUUAUAUUUAUACCAUGUGAUGGAGUGAUUCAAGAAAAAUUUGAAAAAAUUGCUUUAUCUUUUGAAAGUCCGAAAUUAAAUGAAAUUAAUUUUCAUAAAAAGGUUAAAAUUAUCUAUUUUUUAGAUGAUUAUCAACAUGAAAUAAAAAAAGAAAUGUUACCAAGUUCAAUUAUUAGUAUUAUUUUUUAUAAUAUUAAAAAUAUUUUAUCAAGUGAUAGUAUACCAGAUACUGUUAAAUUUUUGGGUUUUAAUGGAUACAAACACCAAAUUACCAAUGAAAUUGUUAAAGGUUCAGUUACAUCAUUGGGGGUAGGUGGUGACAUGGGGUAUCCAUUGGAUAAACAUUUAUUAAAUGGUUCCUCAAUCAAAACAUUAUGUUUUGAUGGUAAUUAUUCACAUCAAAUUACAAAUGAUAGUAUUAUCGAUCAUUUAGAUUAUUUAUGUUUAAUGAAAACCAAGUUUCCAUUAAAUGAAAAAUCUUUAAAAAAUCCAUUAAAUAUUUAUCCACCAACCAUUCCAAAAAAUAUUUCUUUCUAUGAAACAUAUAAAUUCCCAAUACCUGGUACAAUAUUCCCAAAAAUUGAAUCCACCAUAAUUACAUUUAAUAUUAAUAUAACUGAUAUUCGUCAACCAAUAACAAGUAAACUUUUCCAAGAUUUACCAAUUAACUAUAAUGUUUAUAUUGGAUGGGGUUAUAGACACAAAUUAGAUGAAUGUACCAUUGAUAGUAAAAUAAGAUUUUUGGGUAUUGGCGAUGUUGUUCAUCCAGUACCAGAAACAUUCCUUGGUAUAAGGGUUAAGUUUUAUAGUGGCUAUUCUCACCAAAUUAAACCUUUCCCUAAUAAUGCAUCAUUGCGUGAAUUAGCUUUGGGUAAUGUUAAAUAUCCAAUAACCAAAGAUACAAUACCAUCACCAUGGGGUGUUGGUGAAUUAUCAAUUGAUAAAGGCUAUGAUUUUAAACUUACACCAGACCUAUUUGAAAAUGUAAGAGCUUUAAAACUUAUUGAUAUUAAAUCAACUGUUUUUACCAAACAUUCAUUACCAAAAUCAAAUUGUGUCCUUGCUAAAGUUUCAUUAAUAUCUUUACAAAUCCCAUUUGAUUUAAGCUUUUUCCCAACUGAUAUCAUUAAUACAAUGUUAAUUCAUAAUGUUUCUCAAGUGAUUGGCACUAAUCAAUUACCAAAAUCAUUAACAUCUUUAUCACUAAUUAAAGUAAAAUUGGAUCCAAAAUUAACUAUCCCAAAAUCAGUAUCACAUUUAAAAAUUGAAGAAAUUGAUAGACCACUUACAAAGGAAUCAAUCCCAAACAAUUUAGAAGUUUUUGAACUUCUUAAUUAUAAAUUCCCAAUAUCAAAGGAAUUAUUCCCAGAUACCGUUCAUUACAUUGUAAUUGGUGAAACAAUUAAUCCAUUCACAAUCGAAAUGAUUCCCACAAGUUUAAAACAUUUAGUUAGUGCACAUGAUUAUAAAUUUUUACCAUUUGAUAAACCAUUACUAAAGUAUUAUUAUCAAUAG